AUCUUUUAUUGGAUAAAUAUGCCUCAGUUUUGAAAACACUGCAUGUCCUCAUCUUCCCUAACCUCACUGCAAUCUCUCUCUUCUUCGACUUUUCGUCUUUGACGCCAUCUCACUCUCUGCCGACUCUCCCUUCUCUCAAUCUUUCAUCAAAGAGUGAAAGAAGGGCCAACAAUGGCAGGUGUCUCUUUCUCAGAUGACAAAUUUCCCCAGUUUUUCAAAGUCUUCAUCCCCAAAUUCAGUUCUAACCAUAUGCUGAUACCACCAGCUUUUGUUGGGAGAUUCAUUUCAAGAGUUCCAAAGAGAGUAGUGAUAAAAGACAAUAGUGGGAAAUGUUGGGUAGUAGCUUUGGUGACUGUUGAAAAAGAUUUGUACUUUGAGAAUGGUUGGGAAAUGUUUGUUAGAGACCAAUUGCUCAAGUUUGGGGACUUUCUUGUGUUCAGAUACCAUGGGAAUUCUUUGUUUGAGGUUGAGAUUUUUGGUGGAGAUGGAUGCAAGAAGGAAAUUGUUGUGGCUUCUCCACAAGUGAAAGUGAUGGUCAAAGAGGAAGAAGAUACACUCAAGAAGAAGGUGCCUUCUUCACAUGCUUACAACCAUGCCCACAUUGAGGAGAUUGGCCUUGAUGGAUCAACAAAAAAAUCAAGUUCACCUACAAAACAUGGUCAACUGAAGAAGAAUCCUUGUUUUGUGGUGACUCUUGAACAUUCAAAAUGCCAAGUAUUCAUGAUUUGCAUUCCUCAAUCAGUGCACAAAGGGGUCAAAUUUGAGCCUGAUAUGAAGCUUCAAUAUCAUAACAGCAAAUUAUGGCCUGUGAAGAUCUCGACCUGGAAAGAUGGCCGCUGUUUUAUAUCAUCUGGUUGGAAAAAAUUUCGACAGGAGAACGAUUUAAAAGCAAACGACAAAUGUAAAUUCGAGCUUGUUCUUGGCGAAGGAAAUGUGUGCAAAGAAAUCAAAGUUACCUGCCAGUCAAAAGUGCAGUAACACGAGCCCUAAAGGGUCAAAAGAACAAGAAAAGGAAGCCAUGAACCACUACUCAUUCAAGGCUCCAGAAUUAACGGCCAAAAACUCUUUUCAGACCUUGUGGUGUUAUUCAUAGAAUCAUGUAACCUAUGUAAUAGGAAUAUCAAGUAUGUUAGUUUAUUUCUUAUUAGAUUCAGACCUGUGAGUUUGUGAUGUAGUUGUGGUAACUGUGUUUAGAGAUGUGUGUAAGAUAGUGACUUAAGACUUGUGUUUCCUAACUUCAAUAUAAAUAGACUUCAUUUUAUUACCUUUAUCACAUCAA